AGAGGGGCUGUUCGCCCCGCUCAAGCCUUUCCUCGUCACGAUGGUUGCAUUCGGCGUCGUUCCCGCCGCCGUGACCUAUGGCCCGCACGUGAGGCUCAGCUUCCACCCUCUGCGCUCGACGCUGGCCUGGGCGCUGCUCCUGCACGUGGCGGGGCUGCUGUCGCUGCACCGCGUCCUCGCGACGGCCGAGGAGAACCUCCGCGUGGGCAACGUGGUGUCCUCGUGGUUCGUCUUCCCCGCGGUGCUCGCCAUCGCGCACGUGUCCUGCUACCUGCUGGUGGUGACCAUCUGGGCCGAGGCGCACCGCUACAAGGAGCUGGCCGCCCUCGCCGCCAAACUCGAGCGACUUAUGGCUGACAUGGGCAUGCCGGAAGCAGGGGCGUGGCCGAAGCGAAGCACUUCCCGGAUGGUGUGGGCCAUGGUGGUCUUCAUGCUGGCGUUCGGCCCCCUCACGACUGCACUGUGGCAAUUCUGGGCGUCAGGCCAACAGGGCGAGGUCUACCGGAUCCUCGCCCACUGCAUGGCCAACGUCAUGAUGACCAGUGUCGUGGGGGGCUUCUGUUUGGUGCAGUUUAUCAUCCGGGACGCUGCCAAUGUCCUGACUCAACGAUUUGCUCGGGACGUGCUUCGCGGGCUGUCCCCGUCCGAGAUGGCUUGCUACCACAACGCGUGGCUCGCCCUGCGCGACCUGCUGGAGGGCGCCGUGGUGAUGCCCGCCUCGCUGUCCUUCUGCACGCUGCUGCUCGUCCUCAACAACCUGCUGUGCCUGUACAACGUGGUGAACCGCAUCCUGAGCGGCUCGCCGUGGGGCCGCACCCUGAUCCUGCUGGUGCUCGUGCCCCACGUCUUCCUCAUGGUGCUGAGCAUGUGCUUGGCGGCGGACGCGGCUGUCUCGGCGAUUGGGAAAUUUAAACUGCCCCUGGUCAAGCUGGAUCCUACAAAUGCUCGAAACACGUAUGUGCGUGAGGUGUUUCGCGAGGUGCUGAGCUACUCCCCGGGGUCCGUGAGCGUUGCUGGAUUCUGGUACGUGAACCGUCGGGCAGCGACAUCCGUGCUGUGCGCCACCAUCACAUACCUCAUCGUCCUCAUCGAGUUGAGAGCUGAGCCACACUCAACAGUCGCUUGCAACAGGACGAUUUCCUUCGAUUGUGUGGAAUGAUUUACUGAACAUUUUCUACCCUUACCCAACCGAAAUCAACCGGAACUGGCCGAGGACACAUCCAAAGCUGUCCAAUAUAUUUAUAGGAAUGUUAACGAAACGUGAAUGCUGACAUGCUAAGGCACUUUAGGUGAAAGUAACAGGCUCCUUCCUCGCUCUAAAAAGUCUACGAAGCAUCGCAACUACGAAGAACUAUGAACAAAUUUUCCAUCUUACGAAGAAUUUUGCUUCAUAACAGGAAGCAUUCCACCGUAGAUUUUACAAUGCCUUCCACUAUUAAAAACAAUGUUGUAAUUUAGCAGUAAAUAUGUUGCAAAUUUUCUGAACGAUCAAAUUUGUUUACAAAUGACUUUAGUUGUUUACUAACAAACAGCCUCAUUUGCAUCAAUUUUGAUUGCUGAUUAGGUCACCGACCUAGUAGAGUCCCGGUGACCCGCAGUUAUCACUUCUUAGAUUGUCCGGGUUGUUUGUACGCAGCAAAAUAUUGUUUUGAAACAGCAUAAGUCAUAAAAAUAAUAAGCAAAGAAUUCGUCGUUUUAAAACAAGCAAACUUGUUUAUAAACAAAAGCGUUGUAGAGGUUGGUAAUUGUGUUGUUGUUUUAAAACAACAAUUUUUAACAGAGUUGUUUUUUUUUUGUAGUACGAUGCUUUGUAUACAUUUUUCAGUCGAGGAACUUCAAGUCAUAUGCGUUUCAACGUGAAUGGUGUCACUUUCGUUUCAACUCUACGUCACAUUCGUUUUAAUGUGACUCAAGGGGAAACGAGACCUUAUAGGCCUGUGAGUUCUAUCUGGGAGUAAACCACAAAGCAACGCUUCAAGAUGGAGUGUUCUUUGCCACGCACGCCUUGGGGAAAAGCCAUUUGUCAGGCAAACUGUAUAUUGCAGCAAGUAAACUUUUUGCUAAUUACUAAAUUUUUCAAAUUUAGCUAAGGGAGGGUGGGGCACCUAGUGACACUUUUUGGAUUUUGGCACUCACUCCGAUACUGUGCGAGAAAUGAAUCCGCUUACACUUCAGAUGGUUGCUUUGAUCCUUCCUUGAUCGCAAAAACAUGUUGUGGCGUUUUGACAACACCUAUUUCUAUUAUUUACAUAGCUUCCCGCAGACCUCUGCACUUGUCACUUGGUGCCCAGCCCGGGGCACCUAGUGACAGGUCAUAUAACUCACAUUACCAGCAUAGAGCGACGCUCCUGCUAAUUGAAAAUUAUCCGUUUUAGGCUCUUUAAGCUUCUUUAAUAUAACCAUUCUGAACGGCGCCAUUUUUCCCAAGAAACUGCAUUUUACUACAUUGCCAAUCAAAUUCAAUGUUCUCCGAAAUUGUCGUGCAAAUUAGUCUCAUUUAUGUUUCGUUGUGUGACAAUCGAUGACAAUUUACUUUGCGGUUGCCAAAUCGAUGUUUUGAAACGUUUAAAUCGUUGAAAUACGGUAAAUAGAGUGUCUGUCACUACCUGCCCCGGGGGCUCAUUUUCGUUCAAAAUUUGAUAUUCAGGAAAUGAAAUCAUAUGUUUGAGCUGGUUCAGCGAAAACAACUUAUUAAAGGUCCUUAUUAUUGAUUAAAAGUGCCAGAACGAUCGGCAGUGCCGUUUACUAAAAGAAUGUCGAGAAAACAUUUUGUAAAAAAGUCGUAAAAUCUGUGAUUUUGGGCAAUUUAUUUCUUGGUUUUAUGCUAGGUGCUAAAAUAUUUUGUUCAAAGUCUCACUCGCACUUGAACAUGAUUCCGCAGCACAAGACCUUUAGAUUAGCCACCUCAAGAUGUCUGAAAGUGCCAUAGGGUGGCCAGGGCACCCCUGUGUCACUAGGUGCCCCUGUCACUAGGUGCCGCACCCUCCCUUACCUCUUUUAAAUGUGAUCAUGUCCAAGUUAACGACAAUUUUGUGCCAAAUA